AAAGGUCCCCACUUUUUUUUUUUAACUUCUAUUUCUUUGGAGACUUUGCUUUCUCUGUCUGUGAAAAGAAAUACUUGUAGCAGCAAUAGCUUAUAACUUUUGAUAUUCUUCUUUUGGGUUUUUACCUUUUUGCAAUACAUAAGCAAUUUUGGUUCUUUCUUUUGGUUUUCUAAAUUUUCUUUUUACUACUGUUUCAUAUUUCUUGGGGUUUUGGUUGGUUCAUGGGUUUCUGUUACUUUCUUCAAUUCCUCUCUCGCUUCUGGUUCUUUUCUAUUUCCUUACCUUGCCUUUCUAAUGUAAAUUUUCUUUAGUACUCUUUCUUUUUUUUCUAAUACAAAAAAAAUUUGUUUCACACCCCCACAUGCAUGUUCUUGGGUUUGUCUGAUCUGGAUUGGAUCACAAGGAUCUAUCUCUAGUGGGGUUUUGGUGCUUUAGUCUCUUUGUGCAGCAUCUUUGGUUUCUUUUGAAGGAGAAGAAGAGAGUCAUAUAGAAGGAAUAAGAAGAAGAAGAAGGUGAGAUUUCUUGGUUUCUUGGAUACUUUUCUUGCUUUGGGACGCUCAAGAUUCUUUGCUUUUGUAUUUCUUGAUGAUAGCUGCAACUGUCUUUCUUCUCGAACUACCUUGAUGUGACUUGGACAGUUUGUUUCUAUUUUCGUGAAGAUUUUUCAGAAAUUUCUCAUAUUAUCAUAAUUGGUGACUAGGUUAUAAUUGUGGGGCAGUAUUCACCAAUCAUAUACAAUCAAGUUUUGGGUGUUGGAUGAUUGAAUUGGGGUUUUGAUUGUGUAUAUAAUUGGUCUAGCUUGAUCUUUAUAUACACUCCUGAGGCAUGGCGGGGAUUGAUAUUUCAAAAUAUGCCCACAGUCCUGUACAUAAGGCCAUUGCAACUAGAGAUUUUGCCAGUCUCAGGAAGAUACUUGCUGCCCUUCCAAGACUUUGUGACCCUGCUGAGAUUCGGACUGAGGCAGUUUCAAUGGCUGAGGAAGAGAAAGCUGAUGCUAUCUCUGCUGUGGUUGACAGGCGUGAUGUACCUAACCGUGACACUCCUCUUCACUUGGCUGUCAAAUUGGGGGAUGAGACUGCAACUGAGAUGCUUAUGGUUGCUGGUGCAGAUUGGAGUCUGCAGAAUGAGCAGGGGUGGAGUGCACUUCAAGAAGCCAUUUGCAGUAGAGAAGAGGGUAUAGCAAUGAUCAUAGUAAGACAUUACCAGCCAUUGGCAUGGGCAAAAUGGUGUAGGAGGUUGCCUCGUUUGGUGGCGACCAUGAGAAGGAUGAGAGACUUCUAUAUGGAAAUUACGUUCCAUUUUGAGAGUUCUGUCAUACCUUUCAUUUCAAGGAUUGCACCAUCAGAUACUUACAAAAUUUGGAAGAGGGGUGCUAAUUUGAGGGCUGACAUGACUUUGGCCGGCUUUGAUGGUUUUAGGAUUCAGCGCUCAGAUCAGAGUAUUCUUUUCCUUGGCGAUGGGUCUGAGGAUGGGAAAGUUCCUGCUGGGUCACUUUGCAUGAUCUCGCAUAAGGAUAAGGAGGUCAUGAAUGCUCUGGAUGGUGCUGGUGCUCCAGCAACUGAAGAAGAGGUUCGCCAAGAAGUGGCUGCAAUGUCUCAGACUAAUAUUUUUAGGCCGGGAAUUGAUGUGACUCAGGCAGUUCUUUUGCCACAAUUGACAUGGAGACGGCAGGAAAAAACUGAACUGGUGGGACCAUGGAAGGCAAAGGUCUAUGAUAUGCACAAUGUAGUUGUUAGCAUUAAAUCUAGAAGGGUUCCAGGGGCUAUGACGGAUGAUGAGUUCUUCUCAUCGUGCAAUGAGAAUGAAACAGAGAGUGAGGAGCUCAGUGACAUUUUGACAGAAGAAGAAAGAAGACAACUUGAAGUUGCACUUAAAUUGGAUUCAUUAGAAUUGGCCAAUGAAAAUGGUGAUGGAAUUAUUGCUCAUCGUCAUAGCUGUUAUGACCAAAGGGACAGGGACAUUCCAAUUGAAGAUGGGAAUGGUUACCGGAAUGGAGAGACUAAGCAGGAAAAGAAAGGGUGGUUUGGUGGUUGGAGAAAAAGAGAUGCUAAAGUUGAAGGGCAGAAGAAAAUUGUUCCACCAAGAAGUUCUCUUUGUGUGGAUGAGAAGGUGAGUGAUUUACUUGGGGACUCUCCAUCUGAAAGUCAGAUUAAACCAGGAAGACAUUCCGUUGAGAUUGUUGUGAGGGAUGAACACCGAAAAGGGAGAGAUACCAAGACAUCCACUUCUAUGAGUUCUGAGAGCAAUAAUAGACGCAAAGAAGGAAGUCGUGAGAAUGAAUAUAAGAAGGGAUUGAGACCUACUCUGUGGCUUUCCCCAAACUUCCCAUUACAAACUGAAGAACUGCUUCCAUUGCUUGACAUUCUAGCAAAUAAGGUUAAGGCAAUUCGUCGUUUAAGAGAGCUCCUCACGACAAAACUUCCAAUGGGAACAUUUCCUGUGAAGCUUUACUGAGCAAUCUAUAGCUUGGAGGACCAAGAUGUUCAGAUGUGGAUAGCCGUAUACAUCUCAAUAGAAUUCUAACUCUAACUGUUUGGUUUAUACUCGGGUAUUUGAACAAUUUAAGGUUGAUGCUUCUUUGGCUUCUAAGUGUCGAUUCUCUUGAUUGUCAAUAUUAUUGUCUACAUGGUCAUAAUUUCCGCUGCUCUUCUUUUGCCCGAGGUUACUGACCACACCCCAGGUUCUGAAUGGUGGCAGACAAGACAAGAAGAAUGCGUUUGGUUCAGACGUCCACUCAGUAUUUGUAACAUCAAUCAUGAUUGUCUUCAUUCCUCUAAACAUCACAAUUCUGCUCAUCUUUUUUUCCUCAAAUCUCUUCUAACUCAAUGUUAAACUAAUACUGACUAUUGCUUAUAAUGUGUGCAUGUAUUAGUCUGUUGCUAAUUUAUGGGCAUGUAUAUGAACUUGUUCUUGACUUCAGCUAUGCAAGCAAAUUAUAAUGGCCUUAAUUUAGAGUUAUGCAAUUAUAUGUGACUGUUCAUAUUGGGCUUGUUGGAGCUUAAACCUUUCAUCAAAUAAUCUGAAUAUUUUAGAAAUUGAGUAUGUCCAAAUUUGAUUUUCUUCAAAUGAUAUAGUUCCGAGUCUUUGCCACCAGUAAUUAAAAAUUUUGGGGCAAGUUUGCUGCUGUCUAAAUUUAUCUUUUGGGCAUGAUUAUACCUUGUGAAAUUCUGUAACGGCACAUGUCAUUUCUUGGACCCUAACAACUAUUAAGUUGUCUUUCUUAGUAGCCAAGACAAUACCGAACUACCUACGGUAAAGAAACAUAGACUCUUCUAACACCUUUGUGGGUGAAAUAUGAUGUCUGCUUGCUGAACUGUUUUUCUCUUUUCUUUUUUCCAUGGAGUUAGCAAUUUUCAACUGAAGGAAACUCAGUGACUAAUUAAGUAAUAAUACCAUGCUAAUAUGGCCUGACAGAAUUCAACUUCAGAUGGAUCUGGCUCAAAAAUGCCAAACAGGAGAGAAGAAAUGUUUCCUUUUGGCUAUUAAGUGUUUUGUUUCACAGGGAAAGAAGUGUUGAUAUUUAUUCUUCCAUUGUGAAGUUGCUUUUGAAUAGUGAAUUUAAUUUUUCUUUUGUUGACUGCCUCCAAGAAUAAUAAAGGAGUUGCUUGAGGAUACAUUUGAAAGCAGCUGAAGAGAUUGGGGCUUGUAUGCUUCAUUUCUGUUUUUGCAUGC